AUGAAGCUACAGAUCCAAGCGGACGAGAAUGGUACGAUCCUGGACUCCAAAUUGGCUGUUCUCUGGUCUGUAGCCACUGAGUGGCUCAAGGGGAACCACGUGGAAGGGUGUGCGAUGAUCAAGAACACGGGCAUCACGUCGCGUGUGAAGAUGCCGGUUUGA